UCGUUCCAUAUGUCCUUCCCCGCCUCUGCAAAAUUUCUCUUCUCCACUUUCAGCCUGCUUCGAUUGCAAUUACUGGAAUUUCGGCGAGAGAGAGAAGUGUGAGAGAGGAAGAGAGAGAAGGUUGUCUAUGCUCAGCCUGAAAUUUUCUCACUCUUCAGAAUAAUUGUCAAUGGAUCAUUCACGUUCCAUCUCUGGGGGAGGCGAGGACAAUGUCGCAAUUCCCGAUGAUUUGCGUUGUAAGAGGUCUGAUGGGAAACAGUGGAGAUGCACUGCCAUGUCCAUGCCUGACAAGACGGUAUGCGAAAAGCAUUACAUCCAGGCGAAGAAGAGGGCAGCUAAUUCCGCAAUGCGUGCAAGUAUAAAGAAAGCUAAGAGGAAAUCUGUAGAUGAAAAUGAUGUAUACUUGGAAAGCAAGAGUGAUGAUAUGGAUCUACCACUCAGUUCUCAAUUUGGGGAUUACUCUGGGUUGUCUGGGAAGAAGAAGAAGGAUAAAUCAAAAGCCCAAGCCAGUUACUCACCUGAGAUGCCUGCUGGUAGGAGUCUUUCGGGUCGAAGCUCUCUGAGGUCAACUGAUGAUCUCGAUGGAGAUGGGUCUGACUAUGAGGACAGUAGAAGAUCGUAUAGAACGCCCCCUACAUCUGCUGCAGUGGAUUCAAACAGAAGCAGAUCGCAGAAGAUGUUUGAGAAUAGUCCUAUGGAGACUUCUGAUGUAAUUUCAGAAUCAUCUGAUGAUACUGAGGGACAGCCUUGUCAUCAAUGUCGGAGCAAUAACAAGGAUAAAGUGGUUUGGUGCCUUAAAUGUGAUCAAAGAGGGUAUUGUGAGAACUGUAUUUCAACAUGGUAUGCGGGCAUCUCCAUACAGGAAAUUCAGAGGAUUUGUCCUGCAUGUCGUGGUACAUGUAGUUGCAAGGUGUGCAUGCGAGGGGAUAAUCUUAUUAAAGCAAGGAUUCGAGAGAUAUCCCCACAAGACAAAUUGCAGUACCUUUACUGUCUUUUAUCAGCGGUGCUCCCAAUUGUGAAACGGAUCCAUGCAAUGCAGUGCUCUGAGGUUGAGCUGGAGAAAAGGCUUCGAGGAAAUGAAAUAGAUCUUGUCAGAACUAAAUUAAAUGCUGAUGAGCAGAUGUGCUGUGAUUUCUGCAGGGUACCUAUUAUUGAUUAUCACCUGCACUGCACAACAUGCUCGUACGAUUUGUGCCUUAGCUGCUGCAAAGAUAUCAGGAGAGCAUCCAAGCCUUCUGUCAAUGAAGAGUUAGAUGAUAUUUCUCUUGCAACGAAUAAUAGUGACAAAGAGCCUAAGUCAGCAAGAUUAACACGGCUAAAUUUCAUCGAAAAAUUUUCCAGUUGGAAAGCUGAUCAUGAUGGAAGUAUCCAAUGUCCCCCAAAGGAAAAUGGAGGCUGUGGGUCCUGCAUUUUAACUCUAAAGCGUAUCUUCAAGAUGAACUGGGUUGCCAAAUUGGUGAAAAAUGUUGAAGAAAUGGUCAAUGGCUGUAACAUAAAUAAUUGUGGUGAUUCAGAGGAAACUGGAGGUAGUCUCAAUCUUCUCCAGGCCGCAAACAGAGAAAAUGAUAGCGAUAACUUCUUGUAUAAUCCAUCUUCAGAAGAUCUGAAAAGUGAAGGGAUUAAAAAUUUCAGAAUGCAGUGGAGCAAACGGAAGCCUGUUAUUGUUAAGGAGGUUUUUGAUGACUCUGCAAUGACAAUGUGGGAUCCUAUGACUAUAUGGAAAGGAAUUAAAGAGACCGCAGAAGAGAAAUCGAAGGAUGCUAAAAGAGUUUUGAAGGCUGUUGACUGCACUGAUGGGACUGAGGUAAAUGUAGAACUUGAAGAGUUCAUAAAAGGUUACUUCGAUGGUAGAGUUGAUGAAAAUGGGAGACGUCAGUUGUUAAAGUUGAAGGAUUGGCCUUCACCUAUUGCUUCAGAAGAGUUUCUGUUAUAUCAAAGGCCUGAGUUCAUCAGUAAACUUCCCCUGCUUGAGUUCAUCCAUUCCAAGUGGGGUCUUCUAAAUGUUGCGGCAAAAUUGCCUCAUUAUUCCUUGCAAAAUGAUGUUGGUCCUAAGAUAUUUAUUUCUUAUGGCAAUGUAGAAGAAAUUGGCAAGGGUGAUUCUAGGAAUAAUCUUCAUCUCAACAUGCGCGAUAUGGUAUUCCUUUUGGUGCAUUCAUUUGAUCCGAAGUUAAAAGGUCUGCAGAGUACACAAAUCGAUGUUCAAAAUACUGUGAUUCAAUCUGAUACAAAGGAAUUGCACAGUGAUUCUGAAAUUCACCUGAACAGCGGUGGAUUGCCCAAAUCGUCACCUGAUGGAAUGGAUUUCUCUGUGGCCGAUGCACAGUCAGAUAACUCUGAGAAAAAGGAUGAUAAAGGAAAUGAAGAAAGCAGCAUAGUUGAAGAGAAAGGUGACAAUGAUUCUAAGAUUAGAUCCAGCGAUAAUGUUCUGGUAAAUGUCCAAGCAGGAGCUCACUGGGAUAUAUUCCGCCACGAGGAUAUAACCAAACUAAUGGAGUAUGUAAGCUUGCACAGGGAAGAUUUUGGGAAUGCUGAUGUUAUUAAUGAUAAUUCUGCAUCUCGGCCUCUAUAUGAUGGGGUAGUAUUCUUGAAUAGGCAUCAUAAAAGCAGGUUGAAAGAUGAAUUCGGAGUUGAACCUUGGUCGUUUGAACAGCAUUUAGGAGAAGCAGUAUUCAUCCCUGCCGGAAUCCCCUUCCAAGUACGGCAUCUUCAGUCCUCGGUUCAGUUGGGGCUUGAUUUUCUCUCUCCUGAAAGUCUGGCUGAAUCUAUGAGACUGUCUGAGGAAAUCCGUGGACUUCCACACGAUCAUGAUUUGAAGCUUCAAAAACUGGAGGUUGGAAAAAUAUCAUUAUAUGCAGCAAGCUCAGCCAUUAAAGAAGUUCAGAAGCUGGUUCUUGACCCAAAAUUUGGUCCAGAACUUGAAUAUGAAGAUCCGAAUCUGACUACGUUGGUGUCGAAGAACUUGGAGAACAUGGUGAAGCGCAGACAGAUUUCCUGUAGCUAAAGAAGAAACUCAUGCUUGUCGCUUCAAGAAAUGCCUCGCUCGUGUAUAAUAUGAAACAUGAUCCGACUCUAUUUGUGUUGUACCGUAGAUCAUUUUUAAGUCUUUCAAAUAUUGGCCAAGAAUUUGUUCAACCAAGUCUUAUAUAAUACCGCCGUUUCACUUUA